UGCUUUAGUUACAAUAGGGACUGGGUUUCAACGUAUUAUUUAAGAAUGGGUGAAGAAAGCCAGGCGACACAAACGCAAACCCAGAAUUCGCAGAUAGAAUGGAGUCAACCUACCACUCCAAGCAGCAUACCGACAAUAUGGGGUAGACUUUAUUCGACAAAACUUUCAUUGAAAGGCAAGCUGUGCUGGAAAGCUUCUAGUUACCCCGAAUACUAUGAUCUCAUACAGCCAGAGUUCAGCCUUGGAAGGGCUCUUUCAUGCACAUUCGUUAUGAAGAAAGAUAUAAUUAAGGAAGAUAUCAUAAAAAAUAUUAGCAAGCAGCAUUUUAUGAUUAGAAGAGACAUGGCGGAGCCCCUUAGCCCUGCUAUUAUAACAGAUCUGUCCUACAAUGGCACUUUUUUAAAUGGUGAAAAGAUUGGCAAAGGCAAUAGCAGAGUCCUAGACGACAAUGAUGAAAUAUCUGUCACCCAUCCUGCUGUAAAAAUUUUUAUUUUCAAAGACUUAUUGAAGGAACAGGAUAAAGUGCCCACGGAAAUUUCACAGAAAUACUAUAUCUCAAGGAUACUUGGCCAGGGAGCUUGUGGGCUAGUCAAGUUAGUGUAUGACAAGACAAAAUGCACCAAGCAUGCUAUGAAAAUCAUUAAAAAAAGCCGAAUGACUAAUGGACAAGUUAAUAAUCUGAAUAAUCCGGAGAAAAUCAGGAAUGAAAUAAAUAUUAUGACUGCCUUAAGGCAUCCAUGUAUAAUAUCUACGGAAGCUGUGUAUGACUCGCGUGAAGCCGUGUACAUCAUCCUGGAGCUCAUGCAAGGCGGUGAACUGUUCGACAGGAUCACUAAACAUGGACGUCUGACUGAAAAACUGACAAGAUUCCUGUUCAGACAGAUGGUGCUGGCUGUCAAGUAUCUGCACUCUCAGGGCAUCACUCACAGAGACCUUAAACCUGAGAAUGUGCUAUUAGAGAGCAAAGAUGACGAGACACUGGUGAAAAUCAGCGAUUUUGGCCUGAGCAAGUUUGUUGGUGAGGACAGCUUCAUGAAAACCAUGUGCGGAACGCCACUUUAUUUGGCUCCAGAAGUAUUAAAGGCUAACGGAAAAGGAUAUGGACCCGAGGUUGAUGUUUGGAGUCUGGGUGUAAUUUUUUUCGUAUGCCUGGCAGGCUACUUGCCUUUUUCAGCGGAUUAUUCGGACAUGUCUCUUCGAGACCAAAUAGUAACGGGCCGAUUUCGCUUCUCCGCGGCCCACUGGGAAGGGAUUAGUCUCCGGGCCAAACAACUUAUGAAGAAAAUGCUGACUGUCCCAGUUGAAAGGAGAAUAACGCUUGACCAAAUUCUGAGGCAUAGCUGGAUGCAGGAUGUUGAAGUUAUAAACAGAGUUGACAGGCUUCUGAUUCAAUCUGUUCAAGUGAGGCAAUUCAGCCAGCUUUCCGUCUCCUCAAUGAACUCCGACGAAGAGAACAACAGUAACGCAGACAACGUAACUGUCAUAAGACUGGUGGCUAAAGGGAAGCGCGGUCUGAGCGACAGUUUCAGCAGUUCAUGUGAACCUAUCCCGAAGAAACUGAGGAUAGAACUGUCAUCCAUGGAUGAAGACACUAGCUCAGCUAAUAGCUUGAGCAGCCCAUGAAGCUAAGGUCUGAUAGUAUGUAAGUUUACCCUAGGUUACCAGUGCUCUCUUGUUAGGGAACAUGUCCAUACUACUUGACCCAUUUUUCACAACUAUUUCUUCGGUGACCGACUCGUCACACUUUUCGCGUAGUAACUAACUCGAACGUAUGACUUUAAUUAUUUGCAAACAGAAAGUUAUAGCAAAAAAUGUGUCAUGUUCCCUUACCAGAUUGCAGUGGAUAAUAAUGAUUAUUGUGAUGUUUCUACCUCGUGAAUCUAUUACCUUUAUAAUAGUUUGAAAAUGUUUUAAUUACAUGUUGUAUUGAGUCGGGGCCUUUGAGUUUUAUGACGUUUAUUUUACUAAUUAUUAAAACCAUUGCAAGCAAGUGUGAAAUGUCUAAAAAGACACCACAUCAAAGGCCCUUAAAUCUGUUUUUAUAUUUGUUGAUAUGAUUGAUUCUUAUCCAAUUAAUAUGCUAAUAAGUGAUUUUUGUGCUGUGUAUCAAUAACAAGCAACAUUGUUAUUGUUGUCUAAA